AUGGAGCCGUGGCUAGACUCGCUGUCUGAAGACUGGAAGUCUGAACACCGCUCAUCCUCGCCCGCGCCUUCUCUCUCAAGCAACCCUCAGCACGGUAGUGUCGCGCUGGGCCGCUCCCAAAGCCGCAUUCCGCACCUCGCCAACAACAUCCGCAAAGACUCCUCCGCCGGAAGCUUUCUGAGACACAGAUCAACUCGCGGACAAGCUCGACAGAGCAGCAAAUCCAUCCUACGCGAACGAAGUGCCUCCAGUCUCAACUUGCCUGCUGUCUCGGGCUCACAGAAACACUCAAGCCUGCCGCGCCGAACGUCAAGUGCUUUCUCAGAGUCUCAGAACUCGGUCCAACAUCAUUCCGUCCGCGAGAAGCCCUCCUUAGCAGAAACGCCGGAAUGGAAGAGACGGCUUGUCGCAGGGGAAGAUGUCAACAGCGACGGCUUCGACCUCUUCUCGCCUUCAAAACUAGAGGGCGUUUUCAAACAGCCAAAUUCGUCUCAAUUACAAAGCGACAGAGUCGAACAGCCCGAAAGUAGCUCGGUCCGGAAGCCUUUCAACCUGCCCGCCACCAAUCCUUUCCCCGAACAAUAUUCCAGCUAUCGAAUCAAUAAAAGUCGGCUGAAUCUUGAGAUCCUGGAAGAGGUCAAUGAGGAAGAAGAGGUGGACCAACAAAACUUGUCUGCACUGUCGUCGGAUAUUGUCAGGACUGGCUCUCUUCGAGGCCUAGUGAAACAGCGAGUCCAGUCUCUCGAGCGCGUGGGGAGAAGUCGGUCGACGCCAUCGUCACCAAGUGGCUACGAUGCGCAAGAUCCACGAUGGAGGACAAUCAGUGGCCAAGAGGAAUUGCGAAACGAGUUCAUCUCCCCGGUCACAGUCUCGAAACAAAACUCGAUCCGCGAUACAGUGCUACGGACAGAUAUCGAUAUACAAGCAUUGAGAAGCAAGUUGCAAAGCGCUGCUUCAGAGGAGGAAGAUCGGCCAGGCUCGAGCUUGAGCGACAGUCGUAUCAGCUAUAUGGGAAAGAAGGAUUCGGAAGAGCAUUUCAAGGACGAACCACUACCUGAUCUGACCUCUCAAUCUUUGCCCGACGACUUGUCUAUGGGUACUCAAGAUUUCGUUACACAUGGAGGCUUCAUAAAUUCGCGACGGGGCGGCCGUUCGAAUGAAGCUUCGUUCCUCCGCAAAAGCCUGAGCCUCAGCCAAGAGCCUUCACAAAUCGAACCAGGUUCGCGAGCCGAUGUACACUUUUACAGCUCACCACCUCCACAUUCCCGGCUCUCCAACGAUGCUAUCGACCACAGCAGACUCAGCGCAAGUGCCCCAACCACACCUCAAGAUACGAGUGUGGUUCAUCAUACAGACACCCACCUCCGGCCCGCCUCUUCUGGAAGCCCCUUGAAGUUGUUCGGGAACCGAGACACGUACACGAACAAUAAAUUGAUGCGCAUUUUGAGCCAUUUCGAGGAGCCCGAUAGUUCUUGCGAGAAACUGGCCGAGCCCGCGUUGACAGAAGCACAAGAAACCGAGUUUCGAAUGAGCCAAUUCGGGCAGGGUGACCUUGAUGGGUUUGGCUUUGAGCAAAACGUCCGCAGGCCUUCGCCGGUCGAGCCAGUAAUAGUGAACCCGGAAGAUAGGAUCUUCAAAACUCUUUUGUCAGAGUCGUCCGACAUUUCUGAAUCAGCCCGUGAUGCUGCCGCAACAAGAGCAGCACACGAACCCGCCCAAGGGCGCACACAACGGGAAGAGAUCAUCAGCCACACUGAAAAUGAUAGAACAACCAAACGACGCAAGACGCUUGUCCAAGACCAAGUAUUGCCAUUGGACCAUCAAGUUGAAGUCAAGGUCGCCGAGCCUGGAGAAGCAACCACAUAUGCUGGGAAGAAGAGAAAGGAUGCCCGGCCUGGCGAUGAAGGCGUCGAGGCGGAUCCAGACGUUCUUGCUUCGCGAGAUCUGCUGAGACCAAAAUCGGCGCGAAGGUCUUCUUCCGUCAGUCGCGCCACGGUGGUACCAGAUGUUGAGGUUAUCGACCAAGAUCUGGAACCGCAAGGGGCCAGUGAGGAUCUCACUGAAGCUUUGGCCGCAGAGUUGGCCACAUUCGCACAGGAGGCAGCUCAAGUAAACAACGAUUCGCGCAAACCAUCGCUCGCCACCAAGGACUACAUGGAGGAAGCCAACAAAGUCAUGCAAUUCAUUCGAUCCCGAGGAAAGCCGAAGCCUGUUGCCGCUCUGCCAAACAUUACUGAGCCGACUGACGUGUCAGAGCUGAAUCCAGAUGCUAUCCUGGAUCUGGAUAUUGACGCAGACUCUACUAAGGACGAUUUUUCUCGACCGCCAUCCCGAGAGCAUGUGCCACGGCCCGUCCAAGACCGUCGUCACGCACGCCAUGACUCUAGGACAGCGAGCUAUUUGCGCAAAUAUCGCGACGAAGACGAUAUGGACGCUCUGGGCAGCACUUCGGUGUUUGGCACCCUUGCACGGGUGAAUGAAGCCGUCACUUUUGAAGCAGCCGCACCCACAACUCCAGAGGAGUUGCAGGAGAGCAAUCCUCCCAACAUGCGUAUUCUGAAUGUCGCCGAUACUAUGAGAAAACGAAAGUAUUCCAGUUCCACGAUCGAGGGCCAGCAGGAUUUCACGCAGGAUCAUCUAGCUCACACUCAACAAACCUGUCACAGCUCCAGUCAGCAGUCCUUCCCAACACGGUCGUCCGCAUCCGGUCACAAAGGUGUCAUUACUUCUGGUACUGUAUCGAUACCCGACCGCGUUGGUACCAUGACGUUUGAUCAUGACAAGAAGGUCUGGGUGAAGAAGCUGUCUACAAACGACGGCUCGAGACAGAUAGGCCGACAAGACCGGCAAACCAUGACCGAAGACGACCCUUUUGAAGAUAUCCCUGACUUGAGCAUUGAUGAACAACGAGAAUUGCAGUCCGGUACGAGGCAUGCCACAACUUCAGCGGACCAAAAAGAAGCGGUGUUUGGUGCCAACAUCUCUGAUGCUAGAGGCGUCUCUCAUCCUUCCCCGCAGCUUCUCCCAGACCCGGACGCCAACCCCAAAAGCGAGCAACCUCAUCACAGAUUGGCAGUCGAGGAUGAUAUUGAGGAAAUUGACCGAAGCUCCCUUCGUUCCAAGGCUUCAGCGCACGAAGCAAAACUCCACAAUGGCGUCCCUUCCAAGCCUCCUAGCCAGCUCAAAGACGAUCGCAAAGCUCGAGCAGUAACCAUCGCUUUUUCGUCCCCCAUCGUGUCGGCUGUGAACUACACAAAUCUGUCUGAGGACGACUUUGACAACCUCCCGCGCGAAGAAGACCUUCCUCUUGAUGACUCGGCAAUUGACCUUGUCGUCGAGCAACGUGAGCAAGACUUGCCGCAAACAAGUAUCCUGCCUCUGUCCACAGACUCCUUCAAGAAAAGAAGUCAAGUGCGAUUGCUCAGUCAGGAACGGGCAGUCACCUUCCAGCCUCGGACGAUAUCGCCAAUUGUGGAGGACGAUGAAGAACGUUUCGAGCCCCAGAUGAGCCUCGUCCACGUGCAACACUCGCACAUGGUAACUCCUGCACCACCAAAGACCAUCGCAAAACUACAAAAGACAGGAAACAAAGCGUCAAGCAUUCUGUGUCUGACUCCGCUGUCUGACUUCUCCCUACAUCAAGUUGACAAGGCGAAGGAUCCUGACCAGAGCUAUGUUGACGAAAGAAAACAUCCGAACGCGCUGCGGCAAGCUCAUGGCUCGCUAGCGUUGGUUGUGGACGAGCUCAUCAAGGCCAUAACCGAUGCGGCACCUGACGAACUAUUCUGGGAUCAGCUUCGCCGAAUGACAUUUGCUCCAGCCAGUGUGUCCUCAGUUCACGGUCUGAAAGAUUACUGUCCAAGCUUGGAAGAGCUGAAUAUGUCCGGAAACAAGGUAUCCCAGCUGGGUGGCUUGCCGCCUACCUUGCGGAUUCUUGAUAUCCAGGAGAACCUGGUUAAUGACCUGACUUCGUGGAGUCAUCUCCGUAAUCUUCAGUACCUCAAUGUGUCUGGAAAUCGGUUAGAAAGCUUGGAAGGCUUCAGUUCCCUGGUUCAUCUGCGGAGACUGGACGCCAGUAACAAUCAGAUUUCAAGUAUUGAUGGAAUCCUGGAUCUGGAUGGCCUGCUCGAACUUAAGCUAAGCGACAAUGACUUGACGAGAGUUGAUUUUGAAGGCUGUGAUCUGAAACGACUGAAGACAUUGGACCUCAGCCACAACCAAUUGGAGGUCAUGGGGAACAUUCAGUGCCUUCCUGUCCUUGAAGAGCUUGAUGUAUCUCACAAUGCUCUGCAGAACUUCCUGACAAUAUGUGACGAUACGCCCAUUCCAAUACGGAAGCUGCGGAUCGCCCACAAUGAACUAGAGUCGAUUGGCCUGAAGCAUAUGCCAGCUCUUCGACAUCUGGACCUGGACAAUAACAAGAUCAAGGACAUUCAGGGCCUACAGUCGGCAUAUCACUUGGAGUUUUUGUCUCUCAGAGAACAGAAAGAACAAUCGGACAUUGUUGAUCUGGUUCUAUCUUCAUCGAACGAAUGCAGACAUAUCCGUCUAUCGUCAAACUUCGUGGUGAACGGGACGUUGAAACUUCCAACAUCGCCUCAGAACAACCUCCGCGAAUUGGAGAUCGCUGCCUGUGGCAUUUCGGAGCUCCCUGAAAGAUUUGGGCUAUUCUUUCCCAAUUGUCGACAUCUGAACGCGAAUUUCAACGCCAUCAAGGAGGUAGACCCAUUACGAAAGAUGGUGCAUCUCGACACCUUGCUCCUGGCGAAGAACCGUGUCAAGAGGCUGAGACGAACUUGCCUAGUCAUGUCUAGGCUUCCGUCGCUGAAGCGAAUUGAUCUGCGCGAAAAUCCUUUGACUGUGGGAUUCUACAGUCCUGCAUCGGCUCAAGUGGCCGAUGCGGACUUGGCACGAUACUACCUGCCUGAUCGAUCGGAGGCAGACGACAUUUCUUGGCUGAAAGUGCUUGAUGAAGCGACGGGUCUCAAACGACGCAUGAUUGAGUUGAUGCUAGCGGAGCACUGCAAGGAUCUGGUUCAACUUGACGGACUCGGCUUUUCUCGUGAGCGGUUGAGGUCAGAGGACGAGACAUGGGAUAAAUUGACAGGCCGAGGAGUGCUUGUAAAGCCGACCACAAUGGCUGCUGAAGAAGCCGGUGGUACAGAGAGUCAUGGACAGGAUGUGGACGAUGGUGGACAAGGUCGGCAGUCUGAAAUGUCCAUUGCCAAUGAUGGGGAUGUAUUUAAUGGUUGA